AUGCAAACCUCCAAUCUCCCGACCGAGAAGGUCGACGCCGAGACCACGCCCAGGUCAAUCAAAGACACCGACAUCCUCCAACCACUACAGUUCCUUGUCGCCGCCCGUCGCGGCGUCCAAAUGGACCCUUCUUUCAGUGCGAUCAAUAUCCCGGAAGACAGAUACAUAACCUAUAACGGUGACUCGGGAUUCGAGUCACAAAGUUCCCGGACACCGUUCUGGAUCCGAUGCGUCAUCGCCCUGGGAUAUAUGCAUAAUGUUUCCAAGAUUGGAUUAGUAUUUGUGGUAUUUGCAGAGGCAAUGAAUAUCUCCCGUGAUACAAUGCGGGAUAGUCCCAAAGAAUUAAAGAGAAAGCCACUCCUUCAAGAUGUUCUCUGGUCUUCAUACUGGACGGUGGGGGCCAUUCUGCUCCUCUUUCUUUCGAGGGUAUACGCCAAACGACAUAUGGCGAAGAGGAUCCCUCCCCACCUGGAUCCAUUGUCAUAUCAGUCCCAGUUCAAAAGUGCUCUGGAUGAGCAGGGGUGGCAGUAUCGCGAGAUUGUUGGCCGCUCACUCAAAGAUAUGGAGAAGAUCUGGUCCAAGGAUCGGAGUCAGGUUGAAAGGUUUCGGGUGGAGGGGCUCAUGGAUCCGCCAAGUGAUCGUGCUUAUGAUGUGGUGGUUAUCUUGCGCAAGGAGGGCAAGGUCCAGAUGUCGUUUCGGGCGCCAGAAGAGGGUAUGCCAUUACCUGCUGGUAUUGUUUUGACGAUUGCUGAUAAAUAA